CGCCCGUGUUGUUUGAUUUUGUUAAGCUUCAGCAAAGACAACUAGCUGAACAGACAAUACAGUACACACCAACAAACACAAGCAGGUGCGUGAAAUUUGGAACUGGAGUUGCAGGAUGUCGGAACUGAGUGACGAAGCCAGUGAGUCGGAGCAAUUGGGGGCCAGUCUCUCUCUGUGGUUGGGAGGCAGUGGAGGGCAGCUGGUGCGCCCUGAGGAGCUGGAUGUACCCCUGGAUCUCCACACAGCCUGCUCUAUCGGCCAGUACGACGUGGUGGCUGAGUGCAUACGCAGAGGUGAAGUAGACCUGGAUUGCAAGAACAUUGGUGGCUGGACACCCCUGAUGUAUGCUGCCUAUAUUGGGCAUGACAACAUCGCCAAUCUGUUGCUGGAAGCGGGUGUACGUGUUAACGCCACCACUGCAAAAGGUCAGACACCUCUUAUGCUGGCAGCUAGCUGUGGGAACGAGAGCAUUGCCUACUUCCUGUUGCAGCAAGGUGCAGAGCUGGAGCUGAGGGAUACGAGAGGCUGGACGGCCUUGUUCCACUGCACCAGCACAGGUCACCAGCAGAUGGUGAAGUUUCUCCUGGACAACAAUGCUAACACCAACAUCAAAGAACCCAUUUCUGGCUUUUCUCCCUUAAUGGAGGCUGCUGCUUCUGGGCAUGAAAUCAUCGUUCAGUACCUUCUGGAACAUGGGGUGAAGGUGGAUGAGAGAAAUGCCAAAGGAGAGACUGCCCGUACUCUGGCUAUGCUGUACGGCCACACCAAGAUUGCCAGCCUCAUCGACAUGCACUCCAUGAGGCUCAAACAAGAUCUCAGCUCAUCUGAGGAUUCGGAUAGCGCUCCGCCAAGGUCGCGUCUCAGCCGCAGCAAAGUCAAGGGGCCCAGCAUCCACGACGGGCCACAAGCCAUUGCCAAGUUCAGAGUUGGAAGCACCAGCAGGCACUGCGAGCCUACAGUUGCACCCCCGGGAUAUGUGACCUUUCGAGACGAGGGCGAGCAGAGUGAGGGGAUUUGUAACCGUGACGUCACUUCACCCAUCAACGAGCUGGACGGACAGAGCAACAGCAGCAGAGAUGAGAGUCCCUUCUUUGACAACGACAUGCCCACCAUGAGGAGCAGCAGCAGCAGCAGUGAGGGCCUCCCGCGCAUGAUUGGACUCAGCCGUGAAGCCUCACUGGAGAGCAACGAGGACUCUGACCAGGCCAAGAGGAGCUCUGCUCGCCGAGCAAACAAGGGCCACCACCACAAGAGCAAGAGUCGCCACGGCAGCAGUGAGAACACACAUUCUGGUAGUACUGGGAACUGUGGGAUGCUCCCGCCUACUAGCCAGACCCCAUCCUAUACGGGUCCCAAGGACCUGGCAGAGUUCUUGGAGCAGAUUGGCUUCUCCAAAUAUCUCCCCGUUCUGGAGGAACAGGACAUUGACCUGCGCAUCUUCCUCACUCUCACUGAGAAUGACCUGAAGGAAGUUGGCAUCACGCUGUUCGGGCCCAAGCGGAAGAUGACGUCCGCGAUCGCCAGGUGGCACAGCAGCGCGCGACCGCCCAGCGACGCUCUGGAGCAGGCCUACGCCGACCAGCUGGAGGCCGAAAUGCAGGAGAUGGCCAUCCAGCUACACAAGCGGUGUGAGGAAGUGGAGAUUCUGCAGGGCCAGGUGUCACAGGAGAAGGAGCUGCGUACGGUGAUGGAGGGGUGCCUGAUGGAGGACAAGAUGGCCUGGAGAAGAGUGCACAGUGAGCUGGUGAACACCCACACGCUGGCCCAGGAAGCAAGUGCAGCUCUGGAGAAAGUGAGGGCCUGUCAAACUGAGCUCUUCUCCCGCUUGCGGAGUGACGGAAUGAUUAUGCGCCAUGGUGACAGCAAGGUCAAGCCGAAGGGCGAGGCAGGUGGCAAAGGGAGUGAGGUGUUGAGGGAAGGCUUGAAGUCCCUCAGUCUCACAGAGCUCAUAUCCAAGCUAGAAGUGUAUGAAGAGGAGAUGGGAGAGAACUUCCAGAUGGUGACCCAAAGUCUGAAGAGACUAAGCGCUACAGAGAAGGGCACAGAGAACUGGGAAGAGUCCUAGCUGAGACUGAUCGUGCUGACGAUGUUUUUGCUGACGGAGGGUGACAGUACCACCCUGAACAAACAUACCAGGAAGACAAGGGUGUAGGCCUGGUACUGCGGGGGCUCGCCAGGGAUACGACAAGCAGGCCGGAGGGUGGAUGCCCGCCCCAUGCCUGUGCUGGAGACGCUUGGGACUGGAAGCUGUAGAACGCAGAGCUGGUGGAGGUGACUUGUCAACAACCUCCAGUCAAGGAGGGCUAUGCUACAGUAGUCUCACUGUGAAAGACCCUUGUCCUCAAUCAC